AUUACCUCAAAUUAUAUAACUAAUCAUCACUUCAAACCAAAAAAAAAGAGAGAAAAAAAUGGGAAGCAAAAGAGUGAACAUAAUAUUCAUUUCAAUGAUGGUAGUGAUGGUAACGGGGAACUUUGUGGUUCAGACACAAGCUCAAGACACUCUCUCUUUUAGAACUUGUUAUCCAAGUUGUAUUGAUGGUUGUGCCGUUGAGAAGCAGUUACCAAAAUUACUUUUGUGUCCAUUCACUUGUCUCCUUACUUGUCUUGCUCCUCCAACAUCAAAUAUUCCUUCUCCUCCUUCUCAAAUGUUUUUGGCGAGGGAAAUUGAUCAUAUUGAUUACUUUUGUAAGCUUGGUUGUGCUACUAAUCAUUGUGCUUCCCUUUCUUCUCUCAAAAAUCCGAAUGUAGACAAAGUUGCGGACUGUGUGGAUUCAUGCUCAGACAAGUGCUCCAACAAGAACUAAAAGCAAUAAUAUAUGUAUAAAAAAUCCCAUGUCCAAAUAUCAAAAGAUACGAACUACUAUCAUUAGUAUCUUUCAUGAUUGAAAUCCCAUGUCCAAAUAUCACUACAAUAUUCAAUCCAAAUAAAUACUUAUUUCAUGAUUGAAAUUAUUUGUGUUACAAGCAUAUCAUUAGUUGAAACGGUCGACCCAAGAAAAACAAAAUGGUAGAAGAGAGGAUGUUUACUAUUAUUGUAACAAUAUUGUAUAAUUGUAAUAUAUCAUGCAUAACUGAUUUGCUCUGUUUCCUCUACGGUAAGCAAUAGAAUCAUAUCAAUCAAGAUAACAAUAUAUAUUAUUAGCAUAUGGUAUAAUAUUAUAUGAUUUGAUAAACGAAUAAGUAUAGUGUGCUUGGAUUUAUGAUUUGAUCAAGCAACCAAUCUUGGUCUUAUAUGUAACUCGGUUUUUAAGAAUUCAAAAUACGUAUAAAAGUAGACUUUACAGCUUGUAAAUACAAAAUUUGAUGUGAUACUUGAACUUCCACUUUAGAGGUCACUGUUAAAUGUGGUAAUUGAAUGUUACAUACAUAGGUCACCAUUUGUUGUAUUUGUUCGAAGGUGGCUGAUUGGAAAGUUGUGCGUAGUUUCUCAUGAUAGUUUUGAUUGAUGAUAAAUCAUGUAUAAUUCAUUUGUUAGGUACUCUUUUUUUAUGAUCUCUGUUUUGUAUUGGGAGGAUGAGCUGAAGGGAACUACAUCUCAGAUCGUUGCAUAACCAAGUAACUUGUUCUUCUGGGAUGAUAUCAAGAUUGUUCUUGUACCAAGUAAUUCAUGAGUCUGAAAAGCAACCAAAGUAUAUACUUUGAGUUUGGUAAUACUUAUUGUUUUAUAAUGUGAGGUUAACAUUUCGUGAUGACGAUUAAUACUUCUUAAAGAAGAGAUUCUUUGAUGAGAUAAAUGUUAAAUGUGGUUAUUGUUAAAAAUUUACGUCUCCAUGAUGCUUUUGAUUUAUGUGCUACAAUGCUCUGUUUUGAUGAGCUCUGGUUUUUAUUCUGUAAAGGUCACACAAAGUUUGUAAUGUAACGUGAGUUUUGUUUUCCAACAUGAGUUUUUCCAUAUUAACAUGUUUAGUGUUUCUUUAAAAUAAUUAAUCUAUAAAAUUAGAUGAUAAUAAUAAUAUAUAAGGGAAUGUGAUACUGAAUGGUAUAUCUUAUAAUUAAUCUAGUAAAAUAUGGGUCUUUAAAGUGUAAGAGUGUGAGAAGGGCUAUUGCGGUGAUACAUUAGCAUAAUGAUAAUUUUACUAAUAACUUGUUUUUUAUACGUUAAUUCUUAAAUAUGCUCAUCAAAUAAUGUUUAAUGGAUAAAUAUGUGUUCGAGACCUAGAUAAAGACAUAAAAUAUUCAUUAUUCUGUUCCGAACGUAAAUUAUUCAAAUGUAAAAUAUUGUUAACUGAAUAUGAAAUGAUAGAUCCAAAAGAAAUCAUAAAAAAUAUAAUCUAACGAAUUUAAAAUAUUAUUAACAAAUCUAAUCUGAAAAUAUAUAAAUUUUUAAUGGCGCUUGCAAAGAUGAAUUCAGAAUUUGAGAAACCCGAUCCAAACGUUCAUGUGUAGGUGUUGAGAUGUCAAUCAUAAAAUAUUGAAAAAUAUUUUACGACAGUAAAAUGAACACAUUUUUGUUUGAAAAUAGCACACAAUAAAUAU